AUGCCAGCAGGCCUCGCCAGCGGCCUCCCUGCCGGCUGGGAGUGGGACUAUGACGGCACGCGCUGGUUCUACACCUUCAAGGCCAACGGCCACACCCAGUACCACUUUCCCUCGGAAGGCGACGAGUUUCCCGACUUUGUUGCCGUUGGUGAGCCGGUGCCGGACCUCAAGCCCGAGGAGCGCCUCGAGUCGCACCAGCAGGUCAAGCGGGUGACGGGGGUAGCUCCCCUGAUUGACAGGAAGAAGAAGAGCACUGCGGGAAACGGCAUGACGGCGACAGCAAGGCCGGUGGGCAUAGAGUGGGAUGGGGAUGUCGGCGAGGGGAGCAGCGGCGAGGAGGAAGAAGGGAAGAAGGCGGUGGUGUUUCAGCCGGAGAAUUUAAUGUUUCUGGGGCCGCAGACGUAUGCGGAGGUGAGCCCGCUGAAUGAGGACGAGGAGGAGGCGGCCAAGAGGACGGUGGUGGGCGUGGUCAAGGGCCAGGGGGAGGGGGCGGUGGUGAGUCCGGCGGAGACGACUGCCGGGACGCCCGCGGUAGAUAAGUCGGAGCUGGUGAGGGACGUGCCGGAGGCAAAGAAGGAGGAGGAGGGUAGGAAGAAUGAGGCUGCGGAGGUGGUUAUCAUGGCAGAGGUGGCGAUGCCGGAGACGGCAAAGGAGGAGCCGACAACGAGGCAGGAAGAAGCCAGGGCGGAAGACGCGAAAGAUACGGAGGAGCCCGCGAGGGCACCGGUGCAGCAAGGGGAGACGAUUACAGCACAGCCAAUGUCCCCGGCGGCGCAGCAUGACGUAGUCAUCGACGUCGUCACCGAAACUGACACACCACCACCAGCACAUUACGCCCAUGACGAGCCUCCUCCUCCUCCCGUCGUCCAUCCGCAGCAGCAGCCACGCUACGAGCUACCAGCGCCCGACACGCCCUUCAACCCCGUCGGCCUCAUCGCCGAGAUGCCCACCGAGGACACGCCGCGCUCGCACAUUGAAAUCAACCCAAUCCCUGUCGAGAUCAUGGACACGUCGGUUCUUGCCCCGAUAGAGACGGCCCAGCCACCGCCGCUGGGGGUCGCCGAGUCACCGGCCGCCGUGGUGAAGCAGACGCCGCCGCCGCCGCCGCAGCAGAGAAGUAGUAGUGGCGGUGCGCCGAGGAUGCAUAUGAAGAUUAGGAGAAAGCCGACAGACCCCAACGCCUCGAUCCCUUCGCCGCUGUCCGCGUCGUCCUCGGCGGUCGUGUCCCCGGCGGUCGUGUCUCCUCCGUCCGUUGCCUCGCCUUCACCAAUGUCCGUGCCGACACCGCCGCCGCCGGCAGCAGCACCAGUAGCGGCGAAGGCGCAGUAUAAGCCCUAUGCGCCGGUAUCGCCACUUCAUCGCGCGGAAACGGAGCCGGUAAGAGUCCCUACGGCAACAACUGGGCCGGCGGCGCAGCGGGAGCAGCAGGAGAGCGUGACGGAACCGUCGUCGCCGGUGGCAAACCCGCAGUUGAAUUAUGCGCCGACGGUGCUGAGGCCGGCGGGGCAGUCGAGAAAGUCGUCGAGCGUGUCGCCGGAGCGUAAGCAGGAUGAUGGUGGUCUGAAGCAAGGGGAGUCAAUGGGAGGAGGACGCGUGCAGAGUGGUGGCAUGCCGACUCAGGAAUCGGGGAGCAACGUAGCUGCGCUGGGAGGGAUGCCGCGGCAACAAAUACCACCGCCGGGACAGGACAGACUUCACAGCAAGGACAAAUGGAUCCUCAAGGACCUCAAGUGCAGGGUUCUUCUCAAGGACAGAUGCCUCCGCAAGGACAGGUGCUUCAUCAAAGACACAUGGCCCUUCAAGGAUAUAUGGCGCUUCAAGGACAACCUCAGGGACCUCAAGGACAGGGCCCUCUUCAGUGGCAGGUUGCGCAGAACGCAAUACAGCAGCCCAUACAGCAUGGUCGACCUAUGA